AUGGCCUGCGAUCAAAAAGCUGCCAACCGCGCAGUUGCCCGCGUCAUCCCAGUGAUUCUUGGUCUUAUAAUUAUCUAUGCUUGUUGGGUAUUUACAAAAUCAUUAUGCAUUGAUUAUCUUUUACAGUCGAAGGCACGGAACCCCAGAAACGCCGUUUCAAUCGGCUUAUUGGUCGCAUUCUAUAUCCUAUUAAUAGGGCUACUUGUGUCAUAUUUGCGAUUACUGGCCGCGCUCAUAUGGAAUCUGGAUUAUGUCCCUCGCGGGCCGCAAUACGCUGAGUCUCAGGCCACCGCAGAGUCUAGUAAAGGGAAGAGCGUAUCUCGAAAAAGGAGGCAGUCAAUUUUCAGUAGAAGCAAAACUGAUGAGGAGUGGCACGAUCUUGGAGAGGUAACUGGAAACCAUGGGAAAAGCGCGUAUCCGUUUGAUGCUUCUGGACUCGAAGCUUUCUACCUGAAAGAUGUAUAUGUCUGCAAAGAAGAUGGCAAGCCACCGUGGUGCUCCACUUGCCAACAAUUCAAAUCGGAUAGGGUUCACCACUGCCGAGAGAUAGGCCGUUGCGUCAGAAAAAUGGACCAUUUCUGUCCUUGGGUUGGUGGAGUGGUUAGCGAAACUUCUUUCAAAUUUUUCAUUCAAUUCCUUUUCUAUGCAGUACUUUUUACGACAUUUAAUUUAGUUGUGAUGGCUGUAUUCGUGGCAGAACACCGUAACAAGAAUGGAAAACUAAUUGUCCAUUGGAUUUUAACCCUGGCAGUGAGCGGCUUGUUCGGCCUGUUUGCGUUGGGGAUGUUAGGAAGUUCUAUCCAACUUGCUUGCUUAAACUCUUCAACCAUUGAAAACCUUGAUCGACGCGCGAAAGUAUGGACUCUCGCAAUAUUGAUCCCGCCGUCGAUGGAAUUCACCGGGGAGAAUGCACAAACCCGACUUGCCCCUACCUUCCCCAUAGUGUCAUUCUCUACAGCUUUUGGGUCAUCUUUACCCAUGGAAAGUACCGCUAACUCGAGAAACUCUGAGCUACCACGGCGAAACUUCGCUAUCCUACAUACAAAACCAGGAGAGAACCCUUGGGACUUGGGCAGCCCUUUGGCAAACUUGAAAGAAGUUAUGGGCUACUCGUUUCUAGAUUGGAUUUCGCCACUAAAAAAACCUCCCUGCACUGACCAUAGUAGACAGGAAAGUGCUUAUCGUCUGGGCCAUGUGGUUCAGCGACUUAGGAGCGAAGCGGGGUUCGAUCCCCCAGUGGAUGAAAUGAAAAAGCAUCGAAAUCGUGGAAAGAGGAAGAGAUCCUACAGGAGGACUCGAACCUUGUCAUCUCGUGAACAACGCAGCAGCCCGGACACGGCACAAGAUAUCCACAGUGCUGAAAAUAGUUCUCGCGAGCGGCACCAAAACGGCUCCCUUGAAUACCAUUAG